CUUGAAUCUUUUUGGGGUAAACUGAGAAUACGCUUGAAUCUUAAACCCUAGAAAAGCCUCAGUCUCACUCAUAAUAAAGUCCUCAUUGGUCACUGGGCAGAGACAAGAGCCGCUCCUCCCUCUCUCUCUCUCUCUCUCUCUCUCUCUCUCUAAAGCCUUCCGAAGAUGCCGCUCGGAGAAAGGUCAGGGGACAAAAGCGACUCACGAUACUGUGGGGUGGAGACGGAGUUCAACGAUGACAUGCCUCAGCUUCUCUCCACCAAUAUCAAUGGUGGAUUCGAUUUCGUCGUCUCCCCUUUGAUGGAUCCGUCUUAUCGGCCUAGCUUAAUGGAUACUGGUUACAAGGGAUGUGGAAUUGCACCAUUCGCUGGGUCAGACUUAGUUUUGAGCCCUUCUCAGUGGAGUAGUCAUGUUGUUGGGAAAAUUAGCUCAUGGAUUGACUUGGAUUCGGAAGAUGAGAUUCUUAGGAAGGAUUCAGAAAUUGUACUUAAGCAAGAAAUAUCUUGGGCUUCUCAUCUUUCUUUACAGGCAUGUCUUCUUCCUACUCCUAAAGGAGCAUCCUGUGCUAAUUAUGCUAGAUGUGUGAAUCAGAUUCUACAAAAUCUGAAUAAUAUGCAGUUGUGGCUUAGGAUUCCGUUGGAUAAGUCUGAUGACGAUGCUAUGAAUGGGAACUCUGAUGAUUUGGUUGAUUCUUGGGAAACAUGGAAUUGCUUCCGCCUUCUUUGUGAACAUCACAGCCAGUUGUCAAUUGCCCUUGAUGUUUUGUGUUCGCUACCUUCAGCAAAUUCACUUGGACGAUGGUUUGGAGAGCCUGUUAGAGCUGCAAUAAUUCAUACAAAUUCUUUUCUUACAAAUGCUCGGGGGUAUCCAUGUUUGUCAAAGCGUCACCAAAGACUAAUGACUGCAUUUUUCAACCACUCAAUACAGAUCGUAGUUUCUGGAACACCAGUGCACAACCUUCCCAUGGGAAAUUCGGAGUUGGCUGCUGACCAUACUGAUAAUCAUAUAGACGGUACUCAGAGACAUUCCUUACGCCCAUAUUUGGACUAUGUUUCUUAUCUAUAUCAAAAGAUGGAUCCCCUUCCUGAACAAGAACGCUUUGAGCUUGGUUACAGAGAUUUCUUACAGUCGCCCUUGCAACCUCUUAUGGAUAACCUAGAGGCCCAAACAUAUGAAACAUUUGAAAAAGAUACGGUUAAAUAUAUCCAGUACGAAAGAGCAGUCUCUAAAGCUUUGCUGGACAGGAUCUCGGACGAGGAAGCAUCUACGAAAACUACAGUAUUGAUGGUUGUGGGAGCUGGAAGGGGACCUCUUGUUAGAGCUUCGCUACAGGCAGCUGAAGAAACUGGACGCAAAUUGAGAGUUUAUGCAGUGGAGAAAAAUCCAAAUGCUGUUAUCACACUACAUAACUUGGUUAAACUAGAAGGCUGGGAAAACAUUGUUACAAUAGUAUCUUGCGACAUGCGCUGUUGGGAUGCUCCUGAGAAAGCUGAUAUUUUGGUUAGUGAAUUGCUGGGGUCUUUUGGUGACAAUGAACUGUCACCUGAGUGCCUUGAUGGAGCUCAAAGAUUUUUGAAGGCGGACGGGAUCUCAAUUCCAUCAUCCUAUACAAGUUUCAUCCAACCAGUUACAACAUCAAAACUGUACAAUGAUGUUAAGUCACACAAAGAUCUUGUGCAUUUUGAAACUGCUUAUGUUGUCAAACUGCACCGUGUUGCAAGGCUUGCACCCUCUCAACCUGUCUUUACAUUUACUCAUCCCAAGUACUCAACCACAGAAGACAAUCAGCGCUAUAAAAAGCUUCAGUUUGAGAUUCCCCAUGAUUCUGGAUCAGUCAUGGUUCAUGGUUUUGCGGGGUAUUUUGAUGCAACACUUUACGAAGAUGUCCAUCUUGGUAUUGAGCCAUCAACUGCGACGCCCAACAUGUUCAGCUGGUUUCCUAUAUUUUUCCCAUUGAGGACACCAGUGUGUGUACGACCAGGUUCGCCUUUAGAAUUACAGCUUUGGCGGUGUUGUGGUUCAACCAAGGUUUGGUAUGAAUGGUGUGUAACUUGUCCAAGCACAUCUCCUAUUCACAACAGCAAUGGCCGUUCGUAUUGGGUUGGUCUCUAGGACUCUCAAUAGAAGAAUUUCACUAGGUACCCAAAAGUGGGUCAUGCGGUUGUGAGUUGCAGAUUUUGCAUACCAUUGUAAAAUCCUCGUUAACUUAUAAAAGCCAUUUGCGAAAUGUAAUCUUUUUAUGUUUUGCCCUUUUUCUUCAUUGGAAGUAGGAUUACAUUUUUUACCUUUUUGAUAUGCCAGAUCUCUCUCUUGUGCCUAGCUGGAGCACGUAAA